AUGUCAAAGAGAGCUGAAAAUAUUGGUAUCCUUGGUAUGGAAAUUUAUUUCCCAAAGACCUACGUCGCCCAAGAGGACUUGGAAAAGUUUGAUGGAGUUGCCGCCGGAAAAUAUACCGUUGGUCUCGGUCAAACCAACAUGGCUUUCUGUGGUGACCUCGAGGAUAUCUACUCUCUUUCCAUGAAUGCCGUCACCAAUCUCAUGGAAAAGUAUGAUGUCGAUCCACACUCGAUUGGUCGUCUUGAGGUUGGAACUGAAACAGUCAUCGACAAAGCCAAGUCAAUCAAGACCGUAUUGAUGGAUCUCUUUGCCAAGUCUGGAAAUACCGCAAUCGAUGGUAUCGAUACUAUCAAUGCAUGCUACGGAGGUACCUCUGCACUCCACAACACCCUCCAAUGGAUGGAAUCCUCCUAUUGGGAUGGACGAAACGCUAUUGUUGUUGCCGGAGACAUUGCAGUCUACGAAAAGGGACCUGCCCGUCCCACUGGUGGUGCUGGUGUUGUUGCUAUGUUGAUUGGUCCAAACGCUCCAAUCACUUUUGAAAGUGGACUACGUGGUGUACACAUGGAGAAUGUCUACGAUUUUUACAAGCCAGACAUGGAUUCCGAGUAUCCAAGAGUCGAUGGUAAACUCUCAAUCUCUUGUUAUCUUCGUGCUAUUGACAAUUGUUAUUCUCGUUACCGUUCUGUCUUUGAAAAGAAAUUCAGUCCAGACCAAUUCAGUUUGGACAAGGUCGAUUAUGCCGUCUUCCAUUCUCCAUACAACAAGUUGGUCCAAAAAUCAUUUGGUCGUAUGUUGUAUAAUGAUUUCUUGAGAAAUCCAAAUGCUGAAGUAUUUAAAUCGUUGGCUGCCUACAAAGACUUGAAGGCUGAAGAUACCUACUUCAAUACCGAUCUUGAAAAGGCUUUGGUUGCUCUCUCAAAGGAAGAUUACAACAAAAAGGUUGCUCCAUCCACUUUGUUGGCCAAGCAAUUGGGUAAUACAUACUGCGGUAGUACCUACGGUGGUUUGCUCUCAUUGUUUUGUGAGAAAUCCGACGAUCUCGUUGGUAAGCGUGUCUUGACAUUCUCUUACGGUUCCGGUCUAUCUGCCUCUGCCUUCUCUUUCAAAGUCAAUCAAUCGAUCGAGGAGAUGGUAAAGAAGGUAGACCUCAAGAAGCGUUUGGAUCAAAGACAACGUGUCACCCCAGAGGAAUUCACCAACAAGUUGAGUCUCCGUGAACAACGUCACAAUUUGAAGAACUAUUCCCCAUCCGAUUCCGUCUCUACUCUCUUCCCGGGAUCAUUCUACUUGAAACAUGUUGACGAUGCUGGUAGAAGAUGUUAUGAAAGAACCUACGUUACCAUGAGACAUUUGUCAACUGGUCUUAGAUUCUUGAAAAAGACCUAA